UUUUCAAAUUCGUAUUGGUGGAAUACCUGAUUACUUGGUCCACUUGUUAUUCAUCGCGGUGUUUACCAACAUCACGACUCACGUCUUCAUUAGGCGUUUUAUAACUGUUGUUACCUAGUAUUCUUAUCCUUUCCGUACUGUUGUUUUCAACCUGGUUGGUUUUUCGGAAGGCUGUGCAAUGGCUGGUGAAAUGUAGUUGUGAAUUGGAAUCCCUGUUGCACACCCGAACAGAGGAAUGGAUUCGAAAAUUGAAGGUGACUGGGUUGACAUCACCCAACAAUUCCGUGAUGCCGCUCAAGAGCUUCCCCUAGGCAGCUUACUUCACGAGGAAUGCUUCGGACUUGGUGAGGCAAUGAAUGCUGUGGAAAUCAUGGAUCCUAAGAUGGAUACCUUCUGCCAGGAGAAUCGCAUUGAUCGCGAAGUACUUAGUGUCCAGGAAGCCAGAAAGGAUCAAUUGAAAGUUUCUGACUUUUCACCUGAAGAGCAGCUGGGAAUCAUUGACGAGCUGCUGGCCUGCACGGCAACAUGGCUGAGUGGUCAUAAUCUGGCGCAGACUGUCUUCACAUGCUACUACGUACAUGAUGUGUCUACAGUGGAAGAUGCGCUUAUAAAGGCUGCUUGUAUCGGAGUGUUGAAGUGCUGCUACUACGUCCGUGAAGUACUUAUCGCAUCAAGUGUCCAUGAAGAUGAAGAUCAACAGACGUCACUCUACCUUGGCUUUGAUCUCUUACGAGAGCUGCCGGAUCGCCGGGCAAUGGCUACUUUGAAGGAUGUGGAAGUUGAUGUGAAUCGCCAGAUUCGCCACUUUUCCAACCCACAAUCACAGUGCAAGCCCUUCAGCGGAGCACACUGUUGUACUGGAGCGAAUGCUGACAAUCUGGAUCAAGUCCGUGCUUUGUUGGCGAGGAUUCGCUUCAUCAAGCACCUUUUCGGUUUCUGUAUGCACUCAGAAAACCAGCAGGAUGAAGUUCGGGCAGAGGCAACAAAGGCAUUACAGUCGGCGAUGGAAUUGCUGCCAGAACUGAACAAGACGCUGGACUUCGGCAUUAAGCGUGCGGAUGGACCGCCUAAGAAUGCAUUGAUGCUGGGCUUUGAACCAUUGCUCAAUGAACGGCUUCUUCCCCCGUCGUCGCGAUCGCCGACUUUGUUAUCACGUACUGAAGCUAUCGAAUUCUAUUCUAAUAUUAUACCUGAGCUAAAAUCCACCAUAUCCAUUGUGGCCUUGCCAAGUCUAUCAGCGUGUUUGGACUGCUUUUGGCAAUUCUCAUGGCGCCGGCCCCUGCCAUCGGUGAUAUCAAGGUCCUAUCUGUUGCAUUUCUUCUUCAUGUUUGACAUGAAGAAGUGUGAGCAAAGACUGCGCGACCACUGCCGUGCAUUCUGUAAUCCACCGUCGUUGAUUGCAAAAGUCAGUAUAUCUAGCAAGCCGGAAGUGUUGCCCCAUCUUCGUGAAUUCUUCGGUCUGCUGGGUCAGGUAGUGGACGAAAUCGUCCAUGUACUAUGCAUGCAGCGUUCAUGGCAUCGACAGAAGCUAGUGGGUGUGAUGGGCAAGUUGGCUACGUUGCAGGAGCAGGCUGAGAAGCUUGACCUGACACUCACUCGACUGCUUGCCACCAGUGAUCCUGAGUACCAGCACAAUGGCUACUUCUCUGCAUACGUCUUGUGGUUCAUACUUCAAGUUCAAAUCCACUACAUUCUACUGCCGUUUGAGCUGGAGCUCUACAGUGUUGACGAGUACCACUAUGUGUUCUGGUACGCAGAGUUCUUGUUUGGUUGGAUGGGUGGCUGUUUCAAGGCCGCGAUGGAGGUGCAAAAACGCAGUGAAGUGGCGGGUGUGAAAGGUAGUAAGAAGGCCAAGACUGCAAGAAAGGUUGACCGUGAGAAGGAAACUCGGAUCUUUCUGGUGCACGGCAAGCAACUGCUGGCGCGAGGAUGCUUGCGGGUCAUUGAAGGCAUGCACUGUGCCAAACGAAUGGUGAAGCCAAACUAUCCCUAUGGUUCUGAAGAGACUCGGUUCUCACACCGCUUCCAGACCCUGAAUACGUUUGAUCGUCCACAAGCGCUGACAUACGAUGUGUACCGGGAGAAACAUGACUUCCGUGUGGUCAUGGAGCAGGAUGCUGCUGCAAUUAUGUCGGCUGGAGCUGAGGUGUUCAAGGCAGCAUGCGAAGUGUUUGAAAAACUUCCCCAGGACGAGCCUGAGGUUUCUAGUUUGUUGAAGGUUGCCAAGGCCAAUCUAGUGGUGUGCAAACUGUUGAGCAGCGGACACAAGAAGGAAUCAACGGAAUCUCCACAGUUCGACUUCUCCACGCAUCGCCAUUUCCCGAUUAUACGACCGCGGUAGUGUUUGGUAGAAAGUGCUGACGCCCUACAUCGAUGUUGGUGGUGUCGACAAGUCUGGGAGUGUGCACGUGUGUGUGUAUGUGUAUGCGCUCAUGUGGGAGCACCCUAUUGUAUUGUAAAGUGUACACUAUUUGCUGUCUGUGAGCUGGUCUCUGUGAGCUGGUAUUAAAACCAGUUAACAAGCCUAUUGCUCUCCCCCCCCCCCUUCCCUCGCCCUCCGUUGUAAUUAAAAGUCCCGCUGUCCCUGCAUGCCGGCAGUAGCCGUAACAAGCGACUGUUGUAACACUACACGCCUAAACUCUCUUUCAUGCCCGUGACACUCGCUGUUGCUGUUGAUGCUGCUUGAUUGCAGCGACUCUGCUGUAUGUACAGUGUAAUGUUAGUAUGGUACAACGUUACUUUCUCCGCAGCACUAUACUGCAUGCACAUAAGAACAACAACAAAGCAAGACUUACAGCGAUGUUGUUGCGCUCUCCUGUGUACAUAGUACUACAUACCACUGUUGACUAAAGUCUCUAAAUGUAACUAUCGUUCGUAUCCGUGUAUUUUGAAGUAUUUUCUUUUGCCGCCGCGAGCUGAAACUUGCAGUGCAGACUUGUGCCCCCCGGUCCUGUGUCGACCAUAUUAUGUUGUGUGUAUCAAGAUCUAAAUUGAAUGUUUGAGAUUCA